AUGACGAGAAGACAUGAAGAGGAUGUUGAAAUUAUUGUACACCAUAUACUUGGUGUGGUUGAUUCAUUCUUGAGAAGGGGUGAUCAAUCUCAUCAAAUGAGAACACCUGAAACAAAACAAGGAGAGUUCAAGAAUCUAGUCUCUGAUGCAGCAAGGCCUUUUCUAGCAGCAAGAACAGAACAAUUCGUGAAUGAGUUGGAAUUGUUUCUUGCUUCAGGUUUCAACAUUGAAGCCUAUGAUGAAGCAUACAUGCAGCUGUUGGGUUGGAACACUCCUAGAUUGACUGGUGAGGCUGCAGAUGUAGAACAUAGUGAACACACACCAAUAGUCCCAUACUUGUAUAUUUUUUACGACGACUCUGAUGAAACUGAUUGAGGCUGCAGAAGGAGAACCUAGUGCAUUCACGCCCACCUGGAAUCCCAUAUUUAUGUCUUUG